AUGGGUAACAAAUCAGGAUCAGAAUUUGGAGGCAUAAUGAUUAGAACAGAAAAAUCUUUAUAUUUUGCUGGAGAUGUGGUCAAAGGAAAUAUUUACCUUCAUAUAAUUAAACCAGGUUAUCAUGGAAACGUUGUUCAAUUUUCGAUUGUAGGAAAAGAGAAAACUCAGUGGACAACUGGUUCUGGUAAACACAGAAGGACUCACUAUGGAAAAAAUGUAUUCCAUAGGGAUGCUGUUGUAAUUAAUACAUUUUUAGAUGAAAAUUUAAUGGUUGGAUAAUUUGUUUUUCCUUUUGAAUUACAUCUUCCAUCAAAUCUGCCUGGGUCUUUUUAGUAUGCACAUGCCGUUCUGGCAAGUCUUAAUUAUAAGGUCAAGGCUCGAGUAAUAUCAACUUCUAAAUCAAUUAAUGAUAUCAAGAAUAAAUAAGAGAUCAUAAUUAGAGAACCAAUCAAAGAAAUUUUAUAAGUUUCUUCAAAAUAAGAGACUGCUAAUCUCACUACAUGGUGCUGUAAAAAACAAGGAUCUUCCUCAAUAUCUGCAAAAGUAGAGAAAAAUUUAUAUUUUCCAGGAGAAUUUGUUCAAAUAACAUAUGAUAUUGAUAAUUCAGAUUGUAAGCUUAAUAUAGAAAAUGUCGAUGUGAUUAUAGUGAAUAGACUAAACAUCAAAUCUAAUUCAGGAUCUUAAUGCCACCUAGAAUUUUAACUAAGUGCUUUAUCUCAAAAUGGAUUAUAAAAAGGAUUGAAAAUAUAACCUGCUUCUUAAAUUGGAUGUUCUUUACAAUUGGUUAAUACUAAACAACCAUAAAUUGUUCUCACGCCUUCAACAACAGGAAAUUUUGUGAAUUCAUCAUACUAUGUGAAAAUACUUCCAAAUUUUGAAGGUUGUACGUGUUGUAGUUCAAAACCAAUAGUAUUAGUACCGAUAACUCUAUUAGCAGUUCUUCCAAAUGAUUACUUAGAACCUAUCUAGUAGCCUGAAAAUUGGUAACCAUAAGCCUUUUAGCCGUUGAUUAUAAAAUCGAAUAACAUAGACCCUUUCAAUAACAAUAACACAGAUUUGAAAAAUAUGGCUAAUCCUAUGAAUAGUUGA